UGUGUGUGUGUGUGUGUGUCAAUAAAGGAUAGUAAAAACCCUGCCAGUAUGUAUGAGUUAGUGCCUUAGGGUGUGUGAAUGAAGAGGGGGAGAAACACAGUGAACCACAACAAGAGAGAGAAAGAAAUACAGAGAAAAAAAGAGCGCAACGGCGGAAGGGAGGACAAAGACGGAAGCUCCAAUAAGGUUGUGUAACAGGUGUUCAUUUUGCUGCCAUUAAGUGUAUGGAUUCCAGUGCCACCCCUGUGAUUAGACGAGGACAGGAAUCUACUGAGGCGACUGUGAACAGUAACCACUGAAGGAACUGGCAGAAAAGGGGCAGGAUUCACAUGCCAUAUGUUUACCGACAGUGAACAGAGCAAGACUGAGCCACUUGUGUGAGUGUGUACCUCUGUGUGAGUGUGUGUUUUUGUGUAUGCGUGUGUAGUAGUUGAGGUGGCAAAAAAAAAGAAGAGUUGGAAAGUUUUGCAGGCUUGUUAGCCUGCAGUUUGUGCGUGUGAGAGUGUGUGUGUGAGUGUGUGUGUGUGUGUGUGUGUGUGUGAGAGUGUGUGUGUGUGUGUUUCUGUAUGUAAAAUGUCCCGACGGGUCGCCUCCUCCUCUGGGGCAGAAGCAGCUCAGAAUGGGGGCAAUAAGGACCUCACCCCUCAGAAAGAGCCCCCUGAGGGCAGGGUGGUGCUGCGUAAGAAGGUGACCCUGCUCCGGGGAAUAUCAAUUAUCAUCGGGACCAUCAUCGGAGCGGGAAUUUUCAUCUCCCCCAAGGGGAUCCUGAAGCACUCGGGAAGCGUGGGAAUGUCGCUGGUGGUGUGGAUUGCCUGUGGAGUGCUGUCUUUGUUUGGAGCACUUUCCUACGCAGAGCUUGGCACCUGCAUCAAGAAGUCUGGGGGCCACUACAUAUAUAUCCUGGAUACGUUUGGGCCUCUCAUGGCUUUCGUCCGGCUUUGGGCUGACCUGAUUGCAAUAAGGCCUGCAGGUUUGGCAGUGAUUUCUUUGGCAUUUGGACGUUACAUUCUAGAGCCUAUCUUUGCUCCCUGCGGGGUUCCUGAGAUCGCAAUCAAACUGGCUACUUCCAUCGGCAUAACAACUGUGAUGUACCUCAACUGCAUGAGUGUAAGCUGGACGGCCAGGCUACAGAUCUUCCUCACCGGCUGUAAGCUCUUGGCCAUGGCCAUCAUCAUCAUCCCUGGAUUCUAUCAGCUCUACAAAGGAAAUACACAGAACUUUGAAAAUGCCUUUCAGCUGGAGAGUGUCCAGUUGACUGGCCUUCCGCUGGCCUUCUACUCAGGGAUGUACGCCUAUGCAGGCUGGUUUUACUUGAAUUUUGUAACAGAGGAGGUGGAGAAUCCAGAGAGGACAGUGCCUCUGGCCAUCUGCAUCUCUAUGGCUAUAGUGACGAUAUGCUACGUGCUGACUAACGUGGCGUAUUAUGCCGUAAUGACUGCCGAGGAGCUGUUGGCAUCGGAUGCGGUUGCCGUGACCUUUGCUGAGAGGGUGCUAGGAAACUUCUCAACUGCAGUCCCCAUAUUUGUUUCUCUAUCCUGCUUUGGUUCCAUGAACGGAUGUUUGUUUGCCUUCUCAAGAAUGUUCUACGUGGCAUCUCGCGAGGGUCAUCUCCCAGAGGUUCUCUCCAUGAUCCACAUCCGCAGACACACGCCGUUGCCUGCAGUCAUCAUACUGUAUCCCAUGACACUGCUGAGCCUGUGGUCAGGUGACAUCUACAGCCUGUUGAAUUUCAUGAGUUUCCUGCGGUGGCUGUUCAUCGGCGUGGCUGUGCUGGGCCUUAUCUACCUGCGCUACACAAAACCCGACCUGCCACGCCCGUUCAAGGUGCCGCUUUUCAUCCCUGCAGUUUUCUCCUUCACCUGUUUCCUCAUGGUGUUCCUCUCUCUGUACUCGGAUCCGGUGAAUACGGGCAUUGGCUUUGCCAUCUCUCUCACGGGCAUCCCCGCGUACUACAUCUUCAUCGUUUACAAAAAUAAACCAAAAUGGCUGCUCAGGUUCACAGACUACAUGAACAGAUCACUACAGAUCAUCCUUGAAGUUGUACCAGCAGAUCUCUAACGUUUCUGACUCUUGUGGUGUGUGUGUGUGUGUGUGUGUGUGUGUGUGUGUGUGUGUGUGUGUGUGUGUGUGUGUGUCUGCAUGUUUAUGUGUGUAUAUGUGUGUGUAUGUGUGUUUCAGACAAAGAAAGGGAAGGGACAUUUUUUUACUGUAUCUGAGCUACAUCAUAUUGCGUGUGUGUGUGUGUGUGUGUGUGUUUGUGUGUGUGACUGUGAAUCACAACAUCGCCAUUUUCAUAAAUUGAGCCGCACUUGGCUGGCAGAUGGUCAAAUCUAGAGCGGCUUAGUGGGCUUUCAUGUCUCAUAUCAUCAUUUUAUAUCUCAGUGAUAUUUUUAUACCGCCGUAAUUUAAGGAAAGUGCCUGCUCUGAGAGGUGGAACACACUAAAUUCAUGAGGAGGAUUAUGGGUAAUCUAUCUCUAUAACCCCCUACUCAACGGAAGAGAGAAUGCAUGUACCCUCAUAACGCACACUUAUCCAUCCACUUAUUCAUACACACACACACACACACACACACACACACACAUACAUACACACAAAUGCCCAGUUGAAAACCGCAUAGAUUCCAUACUCUCUUGUGAAAUGGCGAAUCAGAACAUUAGCUGCUAAGUAAACGCUUCGACUCAAUAGGCCUAUAGGAGGCUCAAAGUGGUGACUGAGGACCAAGAUCAGUCAUAAACUGGAAAGAAAUGUGGACCAUAUUGUGUGUGUGUGGGACACAUAUAUGCUGUGUUACAUAAUGUAGUGCACUGUAUUGUAGCAAGUGAACGUUGAUACAUGUUCUCUUUUAGAAUAUCAGUGCAAGGCAUUUCUGAACAGAAAAAUGAAUGCUCUAUGACACAGUAUGCUGUGAAUUCCACCUGGCAGUAUAUCAGGUCAUGACUUGCUAGAGAGGAAAAGAUGAAUAGUGUUGUGGAGACAUGUCUGUGUGUUUGUGUCAACUAACAUAUUAAAUACACCUACGGGCUACAUUCAA